CACCCACAGAGCAGACAGGCAGUGAGAGAGAAGCAGAGAGAGCUAGGAGCAGAGAUGGUGAAGAUUCCGAGCCCGAGGAGGCUGUUCAGGAGCCGGUCGAGGAACACAGUGGGCGGCAUCGGCGGGGUGGACAUGUGCGCCAUGGUGGCCGAGCACGAGCGCAUCGAGUGGGAGGUGCGGCCGGGCGGGAUGCUGGUGCAGAAGCGCCGGGCGCCCCACGACGACGGCUGCGACGACGCCGUCGAGGCCAUCCUGGUGCGGGUCUCCGCCGGCUGCGGCGGGUGGCAGCACGACGUGUCCAUCGACGCCACCGCCACCUUCGGCGACCUCAAGGUGCUGCUGUCGCUGGCCACCGGGCUGUGGCCCAGGGAGCAGCGGCUGCUGUACAGGGGCCGGGAGCGGGACGACGGCGACCACCUGCACAUGGCCGGCGUCCAGGACAAGGACAAGGUGCUCCUCCUGGAGGACCCCGCCGUCACCCAGAGGAAGCUCCGGUCCACCUCCCUCGCGCAGCUCAUGGGAGUGCCCUGCCAUUCCUUCAUCCAAGUCUAAGAAAUCUACACAUCCUCCUGAUCGAUCGAUUUUUCUUUCUUUCUUUCUCGCCGGCUGCUCUUGCUUGGGCGAAGAUCGAUCGGUUUCAGGUGUGUUAAUUAAGUGUCGACUGCAUUCCUUUCUUUCUUCAGAGAUUUCUUUUAGGUUUAGGUAUUAACUAAGAGCCUGGAUUCGGCCGGUUAAAUCGAAACAUAUGUACUCUAGAAAAUUGAAACAUCUGCAUCGUUAGGACACAAUACAGUACAGUACAUAUUGUAAAUUGUAUUACUGUAAUUUGUGCAAGGACACAAUGAGAGUGACUGUGCUGUUUAUAAA